AUGGCGCCGGUGGUCAGGGUGCUAAUGCUGGUUAGGGUGCCACUAGUUGUCAAGACGGUCAAGGUGGUAGAGGUACUCAGGGUGCUGGUGGUGCUGGUGCCGGUCAGCAAGGUGCAUUUGGUGGUCAACACCAGGGUAAUCAGUAACUUGGCAAUCAGGGGCAACAAGGCUUUGGGUCCGGUGGCUUUGGACCAAGUGGUUUCGGCCUUGAGAGGCGGCUACGGCAUUGUGUUCAAGGUGCUCGAGGUGCUCAAGGCUUCAACAAUGGCACUCAGCAGCAGGGGCAAUUUGGCAACCAGAAUGGGCCCAGACCAGGCGGACCUAGUGGACGUCGCUGGUUUCAGGGCUUUCAGAACCCUUGUGCCAACCGUCAUCAUGGCUAAGCUACUCGAGGAAAUAACAGUCGGAUUGUUCUACAAGAUAUGCUGGUUUACGGCAAAGGUUUGUUGCGAAGGGUUCACCUUGAAUACUCACCGUUCCUUGCUUCUCCUGGGCAGCUAAGGGGCAUGAUCCGAGCGUGGGGUGGAAAAAUGGAAGGUAACUUGAGGUAUGUUGUCCCUCGGUGUAAAGUGCGAGGGGCGGUGCUCAGAAACAAGUGUUUAGGUAGCAUGUGCUUUAUUGGAGGCGAUGGAACUGGCGUUCUAUGGCCAUGGACAUGGAAGAGUGUAGAAUGGAAGGGUUAUACGGCUUGAAUCAUUCCCGCUGUGCACGAAGAACUCGCGAUGUUAUGGGUUCAAAUGCAAUUCAACUCUUCUUCAUCUGGGAAAACACCUUCUUAGGCUCAUCGCUUUGAUUGGAUAUAUAUACUUAUAUGUUAUACGAUCGUCUGGUAAG